AUGCCAAUUGUUGGGUUUAAUGUUAUAGAGGAGAUCAUUAAACAGCCCGUAGAUUGUGCAUCAGCUGGGGUGGGAGAAUCAGUGGUGGAUGCCCUUAGCUCAAGUCUAACUGGUGUUGAAAAAGAAAAGGUGGAGGCUCUUGUUAACCUCAUUAGGACAGAGUUUGCACAAGAAUUGUGCAGUAUUAAGUCCAGGAAACAGGACGCGUUGAUCCCUAAAGGGCAGUCAGUUAUUGUUUCAUGUCGAGCAGCAAUUGGUCCAGUUGGCAAGGUCCCAGUGUUAUUUGAACUCGAUCCAGAGUCGUCCUACCCUUCUGAUCUUGAACUACCAGAAGCUUAA